AUGCAUGAAUCGUAUAAAAGAUCGAUUCAUUUCAGUUUGAAAUUACCACCCGAUGAAAGCGCAUGCGGACCUAAUCCAGAUGAAUCGCAACCAGUUGUGGCAUUCGUCAUAGAGAAACUGGAAACCGAAAAGAGCGCAAUGAACACUUCAAACUUACCCAAACUCAGUUUGCCUUGGACAUCCGCGCAAUUCCAUGAAUGUUCCGCGAACGAACCAAUCUCAAUGACAAGCCAAGCAGUGACUCUACAAUGCCCGGCCGCAUAUUCCGGUCGUUGGCUUGCAAUUCGAAGCCGCACACAACUCCAAGUCUGCUUGGUUAGUGUGUACAUCGAAAACGCAUUCGAUGAGUGUUUCGAGACGAAAUCCACAACCACGGAACAGCAGUACUCUGGCACAGUAUUCCGUUAUGUACGUCAUACCCCACAGGAGGCCUGUCGUUCCGCUUGUAUGCAGGCGUCCGAGUGUGAGGCGACCAUUUUCACGAAACAGCGUUCCUCCGGCAUUUGUCAACUCAUCACCGGUUUCCGCCUGCAUCCGGAUCGGGAACAGUUAACACAGUCGGGUAGUUUGGAAAAUAUGCUCGAUUGUCCAGCAGAGAAGUGUAUCAUUGAAAUGAACUAUUGUCAUGGAGGAAAUCUACAAGAGUUGGAAAACAAGCCCGUGAUGACGAACCAAACCGACGCGGGAGUGCGCGUUUCAAAUGCACAAUUCGAACAGGAGUGGUUGGUGCGUAAACCAAAACGACCGGGAUCGAAUCAGCAAGCGGAACUGGUAUACGUUUUGUCCGUAUUCUUUGACGGUCGACUGGAAUGUGACGAGUGGGAUUGUGGUACGUGA